GAAAGAGAUUGGAACGCUGCACAUUCUUUCAUCGUCGAUACUCCCUCCGUUCAUUCCUACUGCUUCUUUACGCUCUGGACUAUAGCCAUCGUACUCAUUGUUUGCCUUGGAUGCGACUGAGCCUCCGCACAUAUCAUUUCUUCUUUCUGGGUUGGACGCAGGAUGAUUCUUAAAGAGAGCAAGGAAGAAAGAGAGAGAGGGGGGGAUGGGCAGAACUCAAAAGUCGCAAGCACGCGACAAAGCGAAGCUGUGCCGGAGAAAUGUCGGGAUCGACACUACCUCACGAUUAGCACAGCACACCUUGACCAUCUCCUUGGCUUAGAACAGCAAGCAACCCAUAGACUUGACUACACACAUCAUCAUACCAUCAUCUAUGUCGACAUCGCCACCACUAAGCAAUCUCUCCCUAGACGAAAAGAGUGCGGACCUCUCUACGCUAUCAACACAAUGGUACACUUUGCACCUGCUUUCCACUUUCCAACCUGCAGGCACUUGUAUUCUGUAUCCACCGCAUUCUCCCUCAGCUUCUGUUCUCUCGUCAUGGAAAACUGCAGGGAUAUCCGAGACCAUCAUCCAUAUAUGAAGAACAUACCCUACCUAUCAGGAGAGGGGAGGAGGGAUAUAGCACCUGAUACUAGAGCGUUGAACUGGUUAGAAGAUGACUUUGCACAAGAAGUCUUGGAAGAUAUUCUAGGUGAUGAUGGCGAAAAGGGGGGGCAGACGGGUAAUGAAAAGACAAGAGAAGGUAAAGAUUGUAUACCAUUGACUUAUCGUGUUGGAGAGGGAGGAGUUGUGUUAUUACUCGAUAUCCGUAAAAGUGGGUUUCUUCUUUCUCUUCUUCCCUUUCUAAAUCUCCUUCCUCCUUCCCUAACUCAUGCUUCCUUUUUACCGUCUUUUUUUUUUUUACAAGAUGUGGUCGUUUUACUCUGUUAAUGGGAAGACAAGAUAUCAUUCUCGAACUUCG